CUGGAAUCUGAGUGCCUACAGUCACUACACGGUGCAGAUGCUAUAUGCGAUUGACAUCUUUAAGUCAGAUGCACAAGUGCACAUGCCAUUAGGAUGACUGGUCCGCAACGGUGGCCAAAGUUUGGCGCAGUCAAUCAUGACAAGUGCCACAACAAAGCAUUCAUGCUGUCCACAAAGAUGUGGAUACUUGACAGAAUUGCAAACACACUGCUGCUGUUCAGUCCUUCCAACAGUUGACCAGCGCCUCAAGUAUCACAGAUGCUGUCAUGUCAGUCCUCUUGCAGCAGGAUGCUGUUGAGACAUUCAUUUGUCUUUGGUAGUCCCUAAAACAAAGCCAAGCUCCGACUGCUUCUGCUCUAAAUCAUUCAUGCUAAGGUUCAUAGGGAUGCAGUAUCACCAACCAUCAGUCACAUUCCCUGUUGAUCAGGAGAUCUGCCAACUUUCUCCUGCUGAUCACAUCACAUUGUUGCUAUGCCUGAGCCGGAGCAUCACGCUCCCAUCUCACGGCCUCCGUCCUUCCAGGACACAGAUCGGCGCCUGCCUUCAAGGCAAGUUUGCAGGCCUGUCAGAUCAAGCGCUCCACGCACUCUUCACAACAGCAUGAC